CAUUCGAUCUUUUCUAGCUAACGGAGAUAUGGGCUCGAUACCGUUGUGUUUGGUCAUUCUCAUCGCGAUCCUAUCGUUGCUUCUAGUGGCAGGUCAGGAAGCAAAUCAUGUCGAAUCGUCGACGAACGAUCAGUUGAAAGACAUUCAGAAACAACUGUUCCACCUGGACCGGGCCGUCCGGAGUCUUUCAAGUCAAAUGGAUGACUUAAGGAGUAAAAGGGACGGUGUGACCACACUGCCAACGUCUUCCUGCCGUGCCACAAUAUCCAACUGCGGUGCAGCAUCAUCGGAUGUGUCUGGAGUUUACUUACUCCAGCUCUGCGCUGAGCCGCCGUACCAAGUGUUCUGCAAUCAAACGUUCGAAAAUGGCGGAUGGUUAGUGGUGUACAGCCGGAGCAACGGAAACGAAACCAGAUUCGAUCGUACAUGGGAGUCGUACAAACACGGAUUCGGCCACCCGGAAGGAGAACACUUUAUCGGCUUGCAACGGUUGCACGCCCUAACGAGUGCAUCAUGGUACGAGGUUGCAUUUGUGCUCAUGAGACAAGGCGAAGAAAACGUUGGCCUUUACGAUCGCUUCGAGAUUGGUAGCGAAUGGGAACGCUUUCAAAUUAAACGGAUCGGUACCGCGAAGGGCUCUAUGCGACUUUUUCACGCCGACCAAUCCUACAUGUUCCACACGGCCAACCGGAACAACCUGCACCCGGAGGCAAGGGAGACGAUGGUUCAGGAAGGAUGUGCUUUCUGGUUCAUCGACACACCCCACUCGAUCGACAAUGCAGGUUUUGCGCAGUUUUGUCACAAUUUGAAGCAGUUAAAGAUAAUGAUACGGAAACGGGCGGGCACUUCCGCGGCUUCUGAGUUCUAGAGGAUCAGAUUGUACUUCUUUCUGUGAAAUCACACAAGUCAACUUGCAGUAAGCAGACUCUUUCACACGAU